AUGGAUUCGGCGGAACAUGAGCCCGAUCCCUUUUCCAGCGAGGGGCUAUGGAGGUUAUCCAAGUUCAGCAUUGAGGCUCUACAGCCACUGGAGGAUCUGCCGUGGAACGUGGACUUGCCGGCGAUUCCAGAAUCAUGCUUUCAAGCACCCUUUGAGGCACUCAGCAAAACAGACCCGAUAUGGAAUCUCAAUCUCACUCUGAAUAAUCUCGAACCUCCGGAGUCUUCGACGAAUUCAGUCAUCGCCCCUUCGAUCGAUACCCAAUCCGAUGCGCCUUCAGAGCCUCUUCAAGAUCUUUCAGAUGAAAAUGGUAUUUGGAAUCUGGAUUCACUCCGGGAGGAACCUGAUUAUAUUGCUCCGCUGAAGACGUGGGAGAAGUACCAGAACCGCGCGUCUCGUGAACCAGUCUCGGCAUACUUUACUGAAUCAGGCGCGAAAGGAUUUGAUGCUGCCCUGUCGCGCCAAGCAAAUGUCAAAGGAAAGGAUAUCGCGGGUCGCUUAGUCCGAGAUGAUGUCUUUAUUCGGUCGCUGCUUCGCCUUGGACUCGGAUGGAGCUCCUCUUUUUUCCGCUACAACGAGCAGACGAUGACUUUUGAGAGAUACAUAACCGACAUUCGUGUUUCUGGUGUGAGUCUAGCCGUGCUGGACUCGGUCAUUGCAAGUGUGCUUCAAUGCGGCACAAACAUGCAGCGAGUACGGGCCUUCGCAAGAAACGCGCCGACCAAGACCAAGGACCAGUCGUCUUUGUUUACGUUGCGUGGCACUGUUGCUGUCAUCAUCUACAACCUUGAACAGCAAAUUCUUAUUUACUCCCGGAACAUCGUCUCAGUUCUGCAAGUCAUGACGCUGUUUCAGCGAUGCGGGGAAAUAAUUGGCGCCCUGGCCAGUAUUGUCGAUGCAGCGGACAAAGCCAAAUCGGAUUCUCAAGUCAUAUCAGUUGUAAUGGAGCGGGGGGCAUUCUUUACCCAUAAGUUUGGGUGGAUGGAAAAUCUCGUGCAGGAAAUCGUCGUGCGAGUGACAACCCCUUGGUUUGAGUUCAUCGAACGCUGGAUUGGGCUACGACCCGAGGAAGGUGUCCUCAGUGAGCUGGUGGCUAGUGGCAGGACGUUUGUGCAGUUGGAGCAUUAUGCUGACCCUACGAAGUUCAAAACGGGGUUUGAAAGAACCGAGUAUCGCUAUCUCGGUGGCAACAUGCCGUCUUUCAUACCCAAAGACCAGGCACGGUCCAUCUUUGAGAGUGGACGAAGCCUGCGUCUCCUGAAAAGAUCGCACCCAUACCAUCCCAUUGCGCGACAUGAUGUGCUUGCUCGUGCUGGGGAUCUUCACUUGCACUGUGCGACCACCUGGAAUGAUAUCGAGCGAGUUCAAAGACGAGCGAAUGAGUAUGAGUCACAUCUCCGCAACGAGAUCCUUAGGUACAACAGAAAACAGUCUCUGGUGCAGACAACAGGAACAGAUUCUACCCGAGAUGAUGAACCGUCAGGCGAAAACCUGGAGAAAACGUUUGAACUAUUUGAUAUCGACUCUGAGACCGUCUCGGGAUCUGUAUUAGAUCGAAAAGCUCUCGCAAAUGAUAAGGUCAACCAGCUUCUUCAGAAGGCCAGAGACCUGGACCCGGAUUUCGUCGAUACCACCAGCCGCUUUGGCCCGGAGCUAACAUCUGCCCUCUACCUCUCCCUUGCCCCAGCCAUUUCGUCCCAGGCACAGCUGAUUGACUUCUCCUGUCUACAUCACCUAUUCAGAGAGCACCAUCUCCGGCAUCACCUGAACCUUCAGUGGCGAUUUCAGUUGCUUGGGGAUGGCCUAUUUGCCUCUCGUCUCACACAUUCACUUUUCGACCCCGAGAUGGAGAGCGGAGAGCGCAAGAGAGGCGUGGUACGGAGUGGUGUCCACACUGGGUUGCGUUUAGGAAGCCGCGACGCCUGGCCUCCCGCAAGUUCAGAAUUGCGACUGGUCCUCAUCGGGCUUCUUGGCGACUGUUAUUUCAAUGAAGAGGAUCCCGAGGCAUCAGAAAAGACACAGAAUAAGCGGGAUAACGAACUCCCCGGUGGACUUAGCUUUGCGAUUCGCGAGUUGACAGCCGAGGAGAUUGAGCGAUGCAGAGAUCCUAAUGCAAUCGAGGCACUGGACUUCCUUCGUCUCCAAUAUAAACCUCCCGAGGCGCUUGAAACCAUCAUAACGCCAAAGUCUUUGAAGAAAUAUGAUCGUCUGUUCAAACACUUGCUCCGCCUAUUGCGCAUGGUGUCAGUGGUCAAAGGUCUCGUUCGUGAUUCGACAAACCGGCGCUCUUUAUCGGGAGACAUACGCAAUGUGUUCCAAAAGUUCCGCAUUGAUGCUCAACAUUUUGUACUCGCCAUGAGUGACUACUGCUUCCACGUUGGGAUUGGAUCUAUCUGGGAUCAGUUCCAGAAGGCGCUCUCCAAUAUUGAACGCUGUCUUGACCGUGGCGACAUCAAUGGGACAAUUGAAGCCGCUCAUUCUGUCUCACGCCUCCGCGACUACCAUGAAGACAUCCUCGACCAAAUGCUGUUUGCCUUCUUUCUCAGCAAACGGCACGCGCAGGCAGCCAAGCUGCUGGACUCGAUUCUAAGCACCAUACUUGCUUUUAGCCCAUUAUCUAGGGCAGAUGGGCUGAGUGGACUACGCCAUGAAAGCGAAGGGACCGUGCUGCACUUGUACGCAACUUUCCGGAAACAGAUGGCUGCUUUUGUUGGGUAUCUCCGCAGUUUGGACACGGGCAAGGCGUCUUCGAAGUCCAUGGGAAAGUCGGAGUCUUUCUUCAGCUCGCGUACUGACACCACUAGUUUCUUUGAACAUCUUCGGAUAAGGCUCGAUGUGCGGGACUACUAUUGA